AUGUCUACCAUUCCAUCUAUUCAAAAUCUUGGUAAUAAUAGCAAACCCAUCAUUCUCUGGUGUCAUCCACGUACUGUUUCAUCAGCAUUCGAACGUUCAUUUAUUCAACGUUCUGAUGAAUUUGUUUGUUUUCAUGAACCAUUUUGUGAAGCUUAUUUUUAUGGCUUUGGAAAACAUUUAAUAAACUCAGGUGUUAACAUAAAUAUUCGUAAAGAAGCAUAUUCAACAGUCAUACACAAGAUCAUCAAAAAGGAUGAUGAUGAUUCUAAAAGAGUAUUUGUCAAGGAGGUUGCGAGUUAUAUCAAAGGUCAUUAUGGACCUAAUGGUGAUGGAGUUUUUUCAAGAGAGAUAAUGUCAGAAAUGAUACAUACGUUUCUUAUUCGAAAGCCAGAAAAAGCUGUGAAAUCAUUCUAUCGAAAUACAAUCUCUUUAGGAGAUAAUCUUGAUUCACCUUGGCAUGGAUAUAAGUUCGAUCCAAAUGAGGUUGGAAUAAAGGAACUUCGGGAACUCUUUGAUUAUGCUAUAGAUGAACUUGGGCAACCACCUAUUUUGCUUGAUGCUGAUGAUCUCUUGCAGGAUCCUCAUGGAUGCAUGUCGAAAUACUGUAAACUGGUAGGAAUAUCAUUCGAAGAAUCAAUGUUGACUUGGAAUGCCGGCAAAGUUCCAGGAUGGGAGAGAAUGGAAGGCUGGCAUCAAACCGUUGAACAAAGUGUUGGACUUGACAAAAAUAAUAUCAAGGAAUUUCAUGAUUACAAAUAUCCCUCGAUUGUUCAUGAAGCAAUACAGCAAAAUCAAGCGGAUUAUGAAUAUUUGUACCAGUAUAGAUUGAAGCCUUAA